UCUAAAACACACCUCAUCGCACCGAUUACUGACAGUGGCAACAACCCGGAGACAUAAAAAUGUACAAAAUGAGAAAAACUAUCUAUAAAAAAUAAGGGUGGAGGAAAUUAUUAAGGAAGCAGCUACUUCAAAUGUGCGGAAUGGAGGUGGGACGAGCAGGGAGAAACGGUCAAGAGGCGCAGUGCCACCUCUUUCUAGACUCGCAAGGCCGUGAUCUGUGCGAACUCCGCAGGCAUAUCUAUACUCACUCAGACUCUGUCGACAGACACACUGUUUGAAAACUGCCUAGCAAAGUUUUUAAGCCGUGCAGACGCUCAAACAUAAGAGACCUGGAAAAUUGGCACACUGAGGGGCCAACGCAGUCAGAGACCCAUGCCACUCCUGAAAAGCAACAGCCACCUCCAAGCCUAAUAAAGUGCCCCGGCCAUGAAGUCGCCUUCUCCACAGAUGAAGCCGUCCAAGCACUUGACAUGCCAGAGGAAAAUAUUCAGACUCUGCUUUGCUACCUUGAGAGGUGGGUCGAGGUUCUCAGUCCUGCUUACGUAACGUGCAAAGUCAUCAGCUAUGGUGGACCAGCAGCUCUGAAGGCUGCCGCCAAACAUGUCCGCAUCUGGCAAUGGCAGUUGCUCUUGACCAGAAGUUCAAGAAGAACCAAGAGAAAAGCACGUUUAUUGAGUUCCCUGUAUAGUAGACAUUGCUGCUGCCAUUGGCUGGGACAGCGGCCAAGUGAAACGACGAGACCGAAAGAGCUAUAUAUAUAGAGUGGAAAAAAGUGAACGAUCGGAAUGUGAAAACGCAAAUGGUGGUGCAGCUGUUGCACCCUGGGCUGCGAGUCCGAGCGAAAGGGUCUCUCCCCCAGAGGAGAUUGGCGAGGCGCUGGAUUGGCUGUCAGAGAAAGUGGAUGAGCGCCAAGAGCGAUCAAAGCUAAUUCAGCUGGAAGCCCUUUUCACUGCUUUGACCAGUGUUUCCUUCGAAUCUGUAAAAGAAUGCGAGAAUGUUGUGAAGGAGGAGAUUUGCCUUAAAUUGAAGAAAGCGCUGUUCACAAGUAUUUUGAGACUGACGUUACUGAAUUUGAAACAAUUGAAACGAAGCUCUCGCCGGGUAUGGAGAAUGAGAACCAUCAAGUGAGAGCAGACGUCCAGGCUCUGUUUAGCGCUUAUUCAGAUUCCCUCUUCAAUGAGAGGGCCAUCGUCAGAAGAUUCCACGGCAUCAGCAACCCUUUGUUCUCCUCUCAAAUGUGGGCCAGACUUGAUUUUGGCGCUUGCACCUCAACAAGAACUUAACCACUCUCAUGUUCACAGGGGUCUCAAAUGGAGGUUGUAACAUCAGACAGGGAAGAUGACGGAAUUGUCAGCAUAACUCUGACACCGAAGAGCCAAGUGAGCAAAGUAUUGAAAAGACCAGCAGGCACAGAAGUGACAGCUGAGGUUGCUUAAAAAAAACUGAACAACAAGGAAGUCUUCGAGAAAAAAUCUCUGAUGGAAAGCUCAAUGACAAUUUUGUCAGAGUGAAUCUGAAGAAGCGAGUCUUCGUCAGGGGCAAGAAAAACACUAACUUCUCCAAAUACAAGAAGAUGAUGUACGAAAGGAAGCAGAUUGAUAACAACUAUGAUGGAGGGAACGGAACUGUUAAGAAAGGAAGCUGCUUCACAUGUGGAAUGGCUGGUCACUGGGCCAAUAAUUGUCCCCAGAAUGACGGACUCAUUUCUAUGGAGGUGGCUGAUCAAAUCGAUGACAGUCCUUACCUCACCUUAGAGGAGGCUGACGCUUUGGCCAAUGAACACAGGCCUGUUUCCAAAUUCAACAUGGAGAAGCCAGCAGAGGAAGGCCGAAAGCCCACUAUUGAGCCUUUGUACAGUCUCGAUGAGAAUGGCGAGCUCCCUGACACACCGCUUGAGGUACUGGCCGCACUGAAACAAUUCGGCUUCAGCUCCUUUCGCCCUGGACAAGAGGAGACAGUCAUGAGGAUACUCUGUGGUCUGUCCUCUUUGGUGAUGCUUUCUACCGGUGCUGGCUAAAGCUUGUGCUACCAGCUGCCUGCCUACUUGUACAGCAAGAAGAAAGGGCCUUGCACCGCUCUUGUUGUUUCACCGCUUGUUUCUUUGAUGGAUGAUCAGGUUUGUCUCUUUGUCUUGUUAGUCAGUGCAAAUUCACAGUAACUUUGAUUGACACAUCAUAUUCAUGUAAUUUAAACUGUAAAUAUUUUAUCUAAACCGAAUUUAGAAGAAUAUAUAUUUCUGAUUGGAUUCACUUCACUCAAUGAAGAAUGAGGACCAAGUCAGAGCAGACGUUCAGGCUCUGGUGAGCGUUUAUUUAGAUUCCCUCUUCAAUGGGAGGGCCAUCGUCAGAAGUUUCCACAGAAUCAGCAGCCCUUUCUUCUGAUGUUUUAUUUCCAAACUACCGACGUAAUUAGAUUAUUUUAUUCUUCCUGAUAUCUUUCACUCAUGAUAGCUUUGCUGUCUUAUUUUGCCGUGUGAUUUGUAUUAAAUGGGUGAAGAGUAGUGUAUAAGGAGUUAAUCAAGAUCAGAUCGUAGUAUCAGCUUUGCCCGUUGAAGAGGUGCACUGUGCAAAGUGUCGCACGUUGUGCCAAUUGCUCUGAUAUCUAUUCUGUAGUUCUGUACAUAGAUUUUAAAUGUGCCAGUAUAUAUCUUACCCGCCUGCUGCUUCCUGCUUCUAUAAAU